AGGACUUCUUUCUCUAAAUUCAUCAAUAACCUCGUCCUUAAAUUCUCUCUCUUCCUCUCCUCUCCGUGCUCUCUGAUGGAUCGUGAGGCAGUGAUCGAGUUCCUUGCACGAGUCCCAUUGCUGCAGAGACUCCCCAGUUCUUCUCUUCGAAAGAUCUCCGAACUCGUCAAGGCCAAGCAUUAUGAUCCUGGUGAAUAUGUUGUUCGCGAGGGGGAAUUUGGGGAGGGACUAUACUUUAUUUGGGAUGGCGAGGCUGAAGUUUCUGAGUCUGUAAAUACGGAGGACGCGGACCUUCGCUUGAAGAAAUAUGACUAUUUUGGUGGUACUGAUGGUUCUGUCCACCAAGUCAAUGUAAUUGCAUCAUCUAAGCUCACAUGCAUAGUGCUGGAGCACGGACAUAGAAAUCUUCUGCAGCCUAAAUCAAUAUGGAACGCAGAGGGAACACCGAAAGACUUCUCACUGGUGGAGCAGAUAUUGCACUUGGAGUCAUUAGAAGUGGAUUUAUUUCGUGGAUUUACUUUGCCAGAUUCUCCAGCUUUUACACAAGUUUUUGGAGGACAACUAAUUGGGCAGGCAUUGGCAGCAGCAUCAAAGACUGUGGAUUGUCUAAAACUGCUGCAUAGUUUGCAUGUUUCUUUUAUUGUGGCUGGAGAUAAUAAUGCCCCAAUUAUAUAUCAAGUUUAUCGUGCACGAGAUGGUAAAAGCUUUGCAACCAGGCGAGUUGAUGCAAAACAACAUGGCGUUGUCAUUUUCAGUUUGGUUGCUUCAUUUCAGAAAGAAGAAGUCGGCUUUGAACAUCAAGAAGCUUUCAUGCCUCAGGUGCCAUCUCCAGAGGAGCUACCAUCAAUGGAAGAGCUACGAGAGAGACGCCUCAUGGAUCCUCGCUUUCCAAUAUCCUAUCGAAAUAUGGUUGCUAGAAAAGUAUUUGUUCCCUGGCCCAUAGAGGUGCGAUUUUGCGAACUCCAUCCUUCAAGUCCUCCUCCACCACGUAUGAAUUAUUGGUUUAAAGCAAGAGGAAAGCUUUCCGAUGACCCAGCUUUGCAUAGAUGUGUCGUAGCAUAUGCUUCAGAUCUCAUAUUUGCUGGUGUUAGUGUAGAUCCUCACCGAAAGAAGGGUCAGAAGACAUCAACACUCAGUUUGGAUCACGCGAUGUGGUUCCAUAGGCCUCCCAGAGCUGACGACUGGCUGCUAUAUGUGAUAGAGAGCCCUAUUGCCCAUGGAGGUCGAGGGUUUAGUACUGGCCGGAUGUUUAACAGGAAAGGAGAGCUUGUGGUAUCGUUGACUCAAGAGUCUCUUACGAGGAAGUUGAAGCCAAGAAAAGAAGUUCCUAAGUCAAAGCUCUAAAGCUCAUCUGCAGGUUCUUUGUUUCUGGAUGAUCCUCCCGUACUCAGUUGCAUGCCCAUUUUCCAGACAUGUAAGCCUCAAGAAGUACAGGUUCUAUAUGUUUAAAUGGAGAAAUGCAAGCUGUACGAUAUUUACUUUUAAGGGGGGAAAGGAAGGGGAAUUCUAUUUAUGGGUAAAUCAGGCCUUUUGAUAUUAUUAUGUGUAAAUAUUCAUUAAUUGAUUGAAUAAAUUAUAGGGGAACAGUGGUCAUUAAUUGUUGAAUUACGGCUGUUGGUGUUGGCAGUAAUUAGUAUCCUCCCCAAAAAAAACUAUCCUUUGUAAUCUAUAUAUUUAAUAUCAUAUCAUGAAAUUUGUGGUGCUGGGCAUUUAUCAGUUGCUCCACUUGGUAAA